GUUUAUCAUAUUUUAGAACCUAAGCAACAAUUAUAUGAAGAACGAAGAAGAUACACCAAAAAUCCUGAUAACUACUAAAGUCUUGAAAAGUUUACAUGACUUCUUACUCAGCAAAAUUAUUAUUAAAAAAAAAAAAAACUCGAUGUACACAGUUAUCCGUUAUAUUAUAUAGAUAAUGUAAUUCUAGCGACUGAUCAUGCCUAUUUUAAAAUAGAGAUUGUUGAUUGUAUAAUUUAUUGUACAACAGGUUUUUUGUCCUACAUAUCUUUUCUCACAAUUGCAUAGAUAAUAUUUUAUUAAAGGUAAGAAAGAUUCAUUUUUAUAACAGAAAUUUUUCUUAUAUCUUUAAUUAAACAGCCAUUGUAAUGCGGUAUUUAAUCAAAUAUAUGAUAAAUAAGUGGAAAAACGUUGUCAUUGCUUAAUUUAAGUCAAAUUUUAUUUUCAUGAUUUGGUUAAAUGAUCCUGUAUCAUAUUAAGCAGCAAGAAACCUUUUUUAUUAACGCAAUCUAUUUCGGAAAUUCAAUGCCGAUUUUAUGAAAUUACUUUAAUUUUAUUCAUUCCUUUAAAAGAUUUGAUUUUGUACUGUUUAUUUUUUACAUAAUAACUAUAUUUCAUUUAUUUCAAAAUGUUUCUACUAAGUAAUAUCUUUGUCUCGAUUAUCAAGUGCUUGAAGCUUUGGUUUUUUAACUUUGCGCUAUGCAGGCAGUAUAAUUCCCGCAGGGAAUUUUAAGCACUACCGCAAUUACGGGUAAAUGGUCAUACCCACAUAUAUAUGUAUACAUCAAUUCAUAGACAGUAUAUCAUUGACGGCGAAUGGUAGGUUUUCAUGAAAGUAACUACUGCUAAUGCAAGUACAAUGAAUUUGUCAAAAAGAGAACGAAUUAUUAUCAAUUGACCGAUAUUUUUUUUCUCCAUUCAGUUGUGGAUGUACGAUUAUAUGGGUGUUUGUCAUUUAUCGUAAAAAUGUGUUUGCACUAAACGAGUAAAGAAAACUCUGCUUCUCGUAUAGGAAAAUAUACGCUGUAUGUUAUUUCUGUGAUAAGUGUUGAUAACAAGAAGGAAAGUGAGUACAACAUGAGUGGGAGUGAAGUAUCGGUUACUAUAGGUUAUGAUACAGCCGUAGAUGAGAAGUACAGUGUUUACGCGAGUAUCUCCUUUGCUGUGCUAUUGUUGGGUGUCGGAGUUCCACUUUGGUGGCACACUACUGCAGUUCCGCGUGUAUCGCUUCCUUACGCUGGAAUCGAAGCACUCUCCGACCUAGACAUCAAUAUUAAAACGAAAAUUGUCGUCGUAGCUCUGUCUCGAGAUCGAGCUGAAUCCUUGGUGCACCACAUAACGGACGCUUUUAAAAAUUCCAGUAUCUGUCGGAUAGAAGUUAUUUACCAUGUGAUAUCCAGUAAUCUAGUAACUUCUGCGUUUACGCAUCAUGAACUAGAGAAAAUAGCAUCGGCUUUCGACCUGGACGUCGGACAAAUUCUACUUUUGGAAACAAACAACUUAAACGAUGCAGUUCUCGUCGGCUCGAAAAGAACCAUUUACUUUUCUACAGAAACCACUGCCUCCACUUUGAUUCAAGUAUUAUCGGAAUGGGUGUUGCUUGAAAAAUCACUGACUUUAACGAGAAAUGCACUCACCGAACCAACUCUUUACAGCCUAGAUGAGGAAAACAGGAGAAGGUUCCCGGCUAGCCCGGCUUACGAUGUACUCAUCACUGUGGUCAAUCCAGAUCCAGAAAAAUUGAAAGUUGCUUGGGAUCUCCGCGUGAUGGCCGAGGAAUACGUCGAACCAUUUCUCUCUGAGCUUUCGAUUCUGAGUAACUUCUCUGUCAAAUCACAGUGGUUGUAUUUACUGCCAUUGGAUGUCAGCCCGAAACGAGUGCCUGAUAGUGGCCCAUUAGGUAGACAUUUUGCAUUAUCAGAGGACGUUUUACCUCAAUUAAUUACACCAUUGGAGAAAAAACUAGCCUCACAGGUUAGUCUCCAUCCAACUAUCAAUUUCGUUAUUUAUGCUGUUCCUUGUGACAGCGCUCCGUUACAUAUUUACACGCGUUCUGGACAUCGAUCGAAAAUUAACGCUAACGUCGAAGCGUUUCUUUCUCCAAGAUGGGGUGGUGUAGUUUUGAUCAAUCCACCCGUUGAAGCUUGCAUGGCUGCGAAACCCGAUCAACCUGUUACCAUUGUGCCUGAACAGACUACCAUUGUUGGAACCUUUCUUACCCAAUUGAAACUUCUUUUAGGCAUUCCUGAACCGAAAUUCUUAAAUGGUGUUACCGCUGUUUCUUUGCCAGGAUUGAAACUGCGUGAUUGGGAAAUCGAUGCAUUGCUGCGUGUACGCACGAUCGAGCAAUUAACAUCGGCAAAAUUGACUCUGCAAUCGAUUGCACAACUUCUUCAAGAAAUUGGUAACAUUGUGAUUACAGAUAUUGUAGGAAACAGAAUUAAAACAGCCUUACGUUUGGUGGAAGAUUCGGCUCAACGAUUAACGCGUGGCGAUCUAGCUGUAGGUUUUCUGCUGAGUAAAGAAGCAUUUGUUACUGCGGAAGCAGCAUUCUCCGAUCCAACGCUCUUUGCUUUGUUAUAUUUUCCCGAAGAUCAAAAAUACGCUGUAUACACACCUCUCUUCUUACCAGCCAUGGUACCAGUCUUGCUUUCCUUAAAAAAUAUUUAUCGCUAUUAUUUCCAUCGAAGAGUCAAUAAUCCAUUGAAGGAAACUGCACCAGGCCAAAAUAAAUGAGAGCAGCAAGUGUUUCACGAUAACGUCUUGAACCAUUUGCCAAGUUUUUACUUCA